AUGUCGGGGUUGAGGCAACUGUACGGGAAGAAGAGCAAUGGGACAGCCUCAGACAACCUUGGGGUAGACUAUGUCAUACACUAUAAAGUCCCCGCCAACGACCUAGUUGGGGCCGAAGCGGGCUUCCUACAGCUUAUUCAGGCCCUGACGCACGUGGGGCUGGCCACUGAAGUGCGACGUGGUGAUGCUGGCUCUCUGCUCAUCUUUGUCAAGAUUGCGUCCAAAAACCUCCUGGCCCAGCAAGUCUACCGCGGUCGUUUGCAGGACUGGCUGCAAGGCGUCCGCACAUCUGGCCCCAACUCCGAUAUCAACCGAACCCUCGAGGACGAACCAGUCACCGAAGCAGAACGACUCCGCCUAGUCUACCAGCUGAUCGUCAGGCCUGAAAACGAGGGUGGUGCUGGCAUCAAUCAAGCAAGCCCCAAAUGGAGGCACGUAGCCGACAUUUUCCCCCUUCAUGAUCAAGCAUUCAAUCAGCGCUGGAUUCAGAAAUGGACAAAAAAGUCUCUGUUGGACGAAGCCGACCUUGGACAUGUCCGCGACAAGUUCGGCGAGAGCGUCGCCUUUUACUUUGCCUUUUUGAGAAGCUACUUUAUAUCCUUGGUGUUCCCUGCGGCUUUUGGCUUCGCUGCCUGGAUGUUGCUCGGCCAAUUCUCCAGUCUUUACGCCCUUGCCUGCGGCCUCUGGUCGGUAGUUUUUCUCGAGUAUUGGAAGAAGAAGGAGGUUGACUUGGCGGUUCAGUGGGGCGUACGCGGCGUUUCGUCCAUCCAGCUUCCCCGACCCGAGUUUAAAUGGGAUUAUGAGGCUGAAGACAUGGUGACCGGCGAGCCGGUAAAGGUUUACCCAUACCUGAAGCGGCUGCAGACUCAGUUGCUGCAGAUACCCUUUGCCAUUGCCUGUGUUGUCGUCCUUGGCGGUCUGGUAGUCAUUGCCAACUCACUAGAAAUCUUCAUAAACCAAGUGUAUGAUGGUCCGGGCAAGCAGUACCUGGGAUUCGUUCCUACCAUGAUCUUGGUCAUUUUCACCCCUACGUUCUCUGCUGUGCUGAUGAAAGCUGCGAAUGCUUUGACAGAAAAAGAAAACUACAAUACGCUUGACGCCCAUAAAGCUGCACUUAUUCAAAAGCAAUUCGUCCUAAAUUUCAUGACCUCGUACAUGGCGCUUUUCUUUACCGGAUUUGUCUACAUUCCAUUCGGAAGUAUUCUUUUCCCGUUUCUUGAUUUCUGGCGUCGCACAGCUCAAACGCUCACAUUUAGUGAGAAGCCUCUGCCAACGCAGCAGUUUCGCGUAAACCCUGAACGCAUCAGCAGCCAGAUGUUUUACUUCACCGUCACUGCUCAGGUUGUAAACUUUGCCACCGAGGUCAUUGUUCCUUAUGUCAAGCACAAGGCCUUUGCCAAGGCCAAGGAGUUGCAGUCUCGAGACGCACACGCACAGGAUCACCCGGAAGAGGCAGACUUUUUGAAACGGGUCCGAGAUGAAUGCGAACUGGAAGUUUACGAUGUCACCAGUGACUACCGAGAGAUGGUGAUGCAGUUUGGCUACCUGACCCUGUUUUCCGUCGCUUGGCCAUUGGCUGGAUGCUGUUUCCUCAUCAACAACUGGGUAGAGUUGCGUUCCGAUGGCUUGAAGAUGGCCCUCAGCUGCAAGCGACCGAUCCCCUGGAGGUCCGACUCGAUUGGCCCCUGGCUUGAUGCUAUUGGUUUCCUGUCGUGGCUUGGGAGCAUCACAAGCGCCUCAAUUGUGUUCCUCUGCAGACCAGGAACCACGGCCCGAAUGACGGCUUGGGGAGGGCUGGUCAGUAUCCUCUUGGCGGAGCACUUCUACCUCUUGGCGCAGCAGGUUGUCCGAUUUGUCAUGAACAAGGUAGAGAGCCCAGGCUUGCAGCAAGAACGCAAAGAGCGCUUCAUGACGAAGAAGAAGCUUCUCGCGGAAAAUCUUGGCCAGGAAGCGACUGCAAAGGCAGCUGUACCAGGAGUGGUGGCCGGUGAGAAGAUCACAAAGGAGGCUCUCGAGGAACAGGCCCGGCAGGCUUCGAUGCAGGGCGGCCACGGAAGCUGCGAGGAACUGUUCUGGCAGCGUCAGAGAGGCAUGGACGAAACGAUUGCCGUUGGCCGAAAGAUGAUGGGACAGCAGGCGGGUUUUUGA